AAGCCUCUUCUCUUCAGGAAUCUGCCUCCCCCACUUUGGCUUCUUAACUUCCUCCUUCCAUCGUUUCUCAAUUUGACGCUCUGACGCAAUCCAUGUCGGUUCAAAAAGAAAAAUCAAGAGAUUGUGGGUCUUGUUCGACGAAAUCAAUUAGAGGAGUAAAUUCGAAAUUGAAUUGUCACCAUAGCAUCAGUUCUGUUGUGAGAGUUGCUAAAAAGGGGAGAAAUGUUGGGAGAAAGUUCCAUGGCUGUUCUUUAUGGCCGGAUGAAAAUUGUGGCUUCUUUAAAUGGGAAGAUGGUGAUGAUGCAAACUUGUCAGCUGAAGAUGGACAUGUCGACGUAUACCAGAACAACUCAAAGAUAAUUGACUUAGAAUUUGAGAAUAGGCUCCUGGAAGAAAAGAUUAAGAAGUUGAAAGGCAAAAAUAUAAAAUUGAAAGAGGAAGUGCACCAGAAGAACAAUCAAGUUCGUGAAAUGUAUUGUAAAAUUUUAACUUGUGCAAGGAAUGAGAAGAAGUAUUCAAUUUGUCUGACUCUUUCAUGGUUGAUGUUUGCCAUUGUUUUUUUGUUCUAUAAAUAACUAUUGGUGUAAUAUAGUGAUGUAGAAGAAUUCUUGUAGUGCAUUUUCAGAUUUGAAGUACAUUGUGUAUUAACUUUUAUCCAAUUGUACUGAAUCAUAGCCACAGUUUGUUGGGCUGUUGUUA